AAUCACCCAAAGGUUCCGACCCUUUGAUGUACGUCAUGUACGUGUUUUGACAAUCCAAUAUGGCUGCGCCCAUAGAUAGUGCAUCAGAUGUAGUUGCUUCAAAAACGAGCAUGCCUUCAUUAAAAUCUCUCUCUGCGAUUUCUCCACUUACUUUGCGAAUUAUCGCAGAAUGUCCGGUGACAAAAGCAAGAGCAUGUGAUCUUAAAUUGCCACAUUCUCUCGUAAACACGCCCGUUUUCAUGCCCGUUGGCACUCAAGGAACUCUAAAAGGUAUCACUUCGGAUCAAUUAGAGGAUCUUGGAUGUAAAAUAUGCCUCGGCAACACAUACCAUUUAGGUAUGAGACCGGGGCCAGCGUUGAUCGAGAAAGCCAAUGGUUUGCAUGGUUUCAUGAACUGGAAGAGGAAUCUCCUAACUGACAGCGGGGGGUUCCAGAUGGUGUCUCUUGUUGAACUUUCCGAGGUUACGGAGGAAGGUGUCAAAUUUAAAUCUCCCUAUGAUGGCAAUGAGAUUCUCCUGACGCCAGAGAAGUCCAUCGAAAUACAAAACAGCCUCGGAUCCGACAUCAUGAUGCAGCUGGACGACGUGGUCAGUAGCACGGUGACGGGUCCUCGUGUAGAGGAAGCCAUGCACCGCUCCAUACGCUGGCUGGACCGCUGCAUAGGGGCGAAUCAAAACCAAGAGAAGCAGAACCUGUUUGCCAUCAUCCAGGGAGGCCUGAGCGCAGACCUGCGCAAGACCUGCCUCGACGAAAUGACCAAGCGGGAUGUGCCAGGCUUCGCCAUCGGCGGGCUGAGCGGAGGGGAGGAGAAGGACGACUUCUGGAGAAUGGUGACGCUCAGCACCGACCACCUGCCCCGACACAAGCCUCGCUACCUCAUGGGCGUUGGCUACGCCGUGGACCUGGUCGUCUGCGUGGCUCUUGGCUGUGAUAUGUUUGACUGCGUCUUCCCCACCCGUACAGCAAGGUUUGGCUCAGCGCUGGUGCCAUGGGGGUCUCUCCAGGUUAAACAGAAGCAGUAUGCAAAGGACUUCCAACCGAUUGACCCGGAUUGCAAGUGUCCCACCUGCAAGAGACACAGCCGGGCAUACCUGCACGCCUUAUUCAAGAAUGACACGGCUGCUAUGCAUCAUAUCACCAUCCACAACAUUUCCUACCAGCUCACCCUGAUGCUUUCGGCGAGGCAGAGCAUUAUCGACGGCCGGUUUCCGGAUUUCGUGAAGAACUUCAUGAGGAAAAUGUUUCCAUCCAGUGACCAGUACCCCAGCUGGGCCGUGGAUGCCCUGGCCUCGGUCAACAUUACAUUGGAUCAACACUGACAACGACAACUGUUUUAUUUAUAGCUAAAUAUGUACCAAUCAAUCAUACUUUUAUAUCCUUUUUUUACGUGUAAACUGCUUUUUACAUUGUGCUAAACUGGACAGUAUUAAAUGGAGAAAAUAAACUGUCUUGGUAAUUACGCA